AUGAACGAUUCAGAUUCUCAAAUUAACAAUCCUCUAAGCAAUAGUCAUGUCUCGAAUUUUGAAUAAGAAUAAUUGAUACGUUUAGAAGAAUCAGAGUGCGAUUUCGAAUGUUCAUAAAACCCAAUGUUAACAGAGGAAGAGAAUAAUGAAAAGUCUGUUGUAAAUAGUAAGCUCAUCUAGAAUUCAUGUAAAAAUAAUAAUAUCUCAGAGUCUUCUAACCAAAUCAAUAAGAAGAGUUAGUUUGGAUCAUUUUUGACCUCUUAACAGCUAGAAUCAUAAUAAUACAAAAUAUCAAUUUAGUAAGUCGAUUCACGCAUAGGGAAUCAUUCAGGAGAAGAAGAGAUUCAUGAGAAUUUGAGAAUUGUUAAAGAGAAACUAAAAGAAUUAGAUCUAAAAGUAAAUUGUUAAGAAAAGGAAAUCCAAGAAAUUCAAAACACAUACAAUUAAACAAAAGAGGAAUUACAGCAAUUAAAAUCUGAUAAUGAAAAUUAUAAGAAGGACAAUAUGGAGAUAAGAUAAGAAUUGUAAAGUUAUGAUAGUCAAAUUAAAAAGGUUUAACAUUUAUUAUCAUUAUUGAUCUAAGAGAAAUAAUUAAAUGGCUAUGAUCCCCCUAUUUAAAUUUAGAAUAAAAGAUCUAAGACAACAAUUGAAUUAGGCAAAGAAAUUAUGAAUAAUUCCCAUACAUAACAAAAAAAAAAGCAAACUGAUAGUAAUGGUUCUCCAAUUAAAUAAUGUGAAACCCCAUUAUCCUAAUAAUAGGCAGCUCUGCUUAUAAGUAGCUCAAAAAGUUACUACCACAAACCGUAUAUACCUCAAGUCCAAUUAUUUAAUGCCAAUUAAUUAGCGGCUUUGCUUAAAAUACCUCUUAAUCGAAGAGAUGAGGAGAGAAAGGAUAUUCAUUAAAAAUCUGCUGGGAAAGACUUUAACUAUUUGUUUCAUAAACCAGCAAAGUAUAACUCUAUAAAUCUGAACCAAGUAAAAGGAUAAGGAAUUCAGUCAUCCUAUUCAUUUACUAGCACUUCCAUGACAAAAUGA